GUGACGUCAUCAAGAGGCGACUUGUGUUUAGCAAACGAAAAAGAAGAGGGAACGACAAGGGGGAUAGCUAUAUUUUUCAUGUUACUUUGAAACAAAAUGAACAGCCGCCUGCAGGAAAUAAGAGAAAGACAGAAGCUCCGACGGGAGCUUUUAGCACAGCAGCUGGGAGCUGAAAGCGCAGAUAGCAUCGGUGCUGUGCUGAACAGCAAAGACGAACAGAAGGAAAUCGAGGAGACCAGAGAAACGUGCAGGGCCUCGUUCGACGCGUCAGCGCCAGGCGCUAAACGCAAGUGUCAAGCCGAGGGCGAGGACCCGGAGGAAGAUGUGGAGGAUCAGAAGGAUGAGGUUGAGCAACAGCAGGCUGAGGACAGUGGCCCGUAUGAAGUGGUCUACAAAGAUUCCAGCACAUUUUUGAAGGGAACUCAGAGUUUGAAUCCGCACAAUGACUACUGCCAGCACUUCGUGGAUACUGGCCACAGGCCACAGAACUUCAUUCGUGACGUAGGUCUUGCAGAUAGAUUUGAGGAGUACCCCAAACUCAGAGAGCUAAUCAGGUUGAAGGAUGAAUUGAUUGCAGCGACAAACACUCCUCCCAUGUAUCUGCAGGCGGACCCUGAAAGCUUUGACCUGAGAGAGCUCAAGUGCAAGUUCGAUGUGAUCCUCCUGGAGCCGCCCCUGGAGGAGUACUACAGGGAGUCCGGCAUUAUCGCCAACGAGAAGUUCUGGACCUGGGACGACAUCAUGAAGCUGGAGAUCGAGGAGAUUUCGGCUCUGCGGUCCUUUGUGUUCCUGUGGUGUGGAUCUGGAGAGGGGCUGGACCUCGGCAGGAUGUGCCUGAGGAAGUGGGGCUUCCGGCGGUGCGAGGACAUCUGCUGGAUCAAAACCAACAAGAACAACCCGGGAAAGACCAAGACGCUCGACCCCAAGGCCGUCUUCCAGCGCACCAAGGAGCACUGCCUGAUGGGAAUCAAAGGCACGGUGCGUCGCAGCACGGACGGCGACUUCAUCCACGCCAACAUGGACAUCGACCUGAUCAUCACGGACGAGCCGGAGAUCGGCAACAUCGAGAAGCCCGUGGAGAUCUUCCACAUCAUCGAGCACUUCUGCCUCGGGCGCCGACGGCUGCACCUGUUCGGCCGGGACAGCACCAUCCGGCCAGGCUGGCUGACGGUCGGCCCCACCCUGACCAACAGUAACUUCAACGCCGAGGCGUACUCCUCCCACUUCAACCCCCCCAACUCGCACCUGUCCGGCUGCACCGAGGAGAUCGAGCGGCUGCGCCCCAAGUCCCCGCCCCCCAAGACCAAGGCCGACUGGGGCGGGGGCGCGGCCCGGGGGGGCAGGGGCGGGCCCUCGGCCGGGCGCGGGGACAGGGGCCGCGAACGCAACCGGCCCAGUUUCCGCGGCGACAGGGGCGGGUUCCGGGGCCGGGGGGGCCCGCACCGGGGGUUCCCCCCUCGCUAGAGAGAAGGUUCCGGAAAAAACGCGCCCCUGCUGAUGGGGGGGCGAGGGGGGGCGCAGAGGCGUGACAGGAACUAGUGCUCAUGACAGGAGUCAUCGUUGGGUUGUUUAGCCAAACUGCCAGACUGUGGAUGGACCGUACAUUUUCCAGUGGUUUGUGAAAUUGGAAACGGAGGAAAUCCAGAAAUGUUUUUUUUUUUUGUUUUUUUUUUUUUUUUUUUUUUAUUUUUUUUUUUAUUUUUAUUUGCACUGCUAAACUUUUUUUAUCAUGUUAUCUGGUGAACAUGCACUGUGUCCUUUGAACAUUAAGUGAACAAAAACAAAAACAGAAACCUGAUUAAAAAAGCUAAAGGAA